AUGAUUACUACAACUGCUCUACCAACAACUCUGACCACUCAUUAUGAAAGCCGACGCAGAUGUCAGAGUAAAGAUGGAGGAGCCUUUUAUCCAAGCGCAACAACUUGUAAAAACGAAAGAAGCGAUCGGGUUUGCUCUUACAUAUUCCACGCACCUGAUCCAGUCACCGGAAAGAGAGAUCCAAAGUGUAGUUUAGAAGGUAAGAAGUUGAUUAUGAGUUAAUUUAAAGCUUUAAAGGUGCCCUUAUGUUACACUUAUUAUUAACUUUAUCUUAGGUAUGGAAGACAUUGCCAAUUCCUGCCGAAAACAAUGUGCAAUUUGCUGCGAACAUAUUGACUAUGCUUGCGAAGAUGACCACAGUAAGUCUUAAACUUUCUCGUAGCAGAAUUAUGAUUUUUCAGACGAUAUAAUCGCCUGUUCUAAACAGCUUGACAAGUGCCAUAUGUCCAAAUGGUUUGAUGUCUUAUCCAAGUUUUGUGCUGGAAGCUGUGGACUCUGCACAAAGACGGAAUGUAGAGAUUACAAUGCGGACUGUAGAGAGAGGAAAGACGAAUGUUUGGCAUCGGAUAAAAUUGAUGAAAUGAGGGACAAAUGUGCCAGAACUUGUGGAUUUUGUGUUGUCGGAGGAGGAACGGGAGGUGAUUGUAAGUUAUUUCUUUAUAAAAACUAAAGUCAAUAAAAAUGAGUGAACAAAAAGGCCCAAAGCAUGGUGUGUAUAUUGAACCUCAAUCUGAAAACACAUAUUCGUGAAAGGAAAAUAUUUAUUUUCGCGGUGUUCUAAUUGAGAACCUAUUACAAGUAUCACAUUCCCAAAUUCUCAAUUGCAGUGCCAUUCAACAAGCCAGCCGUCCCGCAAUGCAUCGACAGAGCUCCCAAUUGCACCAAUAAUGAGCAUCUCUGCGCCUCCCCGUUACACGCAGAGUUUAUGAUCAACUUCUGUGCUAAGACUUGUUUCAAAUGCACAAUCAACCCGAAUGUCAUUGUUCCGGUAAUUGGAACUCCUCACGACGUUAAUGGAACGGCUGCUGUUCUUAUGCCGGCUUCAGUAAUCAUCAACGCCGCAGCUCACAACAGCAAAAUCUGUGAGGACCGGCAUCCAAAAUGUGCAAUUUGGGUGUCGAAAGGGUUCUGUGUGCAUGAAAAGUACACUGUGGAACAGAGGAGAGCGCUCUGUCCGAAGAGUUGUAAACUCUGUUGA